ACAGCGCAGCGUGAGCGGCACGUAGCUCCGCACGGACAGCAACAUGCCUGAACCACAGCCGAAGACAGCGCCCAAGAAGGGCUCCAAGAAAGCGGUGACCAAGACCGCCGGCAAGAAGGACAAGAAGCGGAGGAAGACCAGGAAGGAGACGUACGCCAUCUACGUGUACAAGGUGAUGAAGCAGGUCCACCCCGACACCGGCAUCUCCUCCAAGGCCAUGGGCAUCAUGAACUCCUUCGUCAACGACAUCUUCGAGCGGAUCGCCGGUGAGGCCUCCCGGCUGGCCCACUACAACAAGCGCUCCACCAUCACGUCCAGGGAGAUCCAGACCGCCGUCCGCCUGCUGCUGCCCGGGGAGCUGGCCAAGCACGCCGUGUCCGAGGGCACCAAGGCCGUGACCAAGUACACCAGCUCCAAGUAACCAGCUCUGCUGCCUCCACACUAAACACAACGGUUCUUUUAAGAGCCACACACUCCGACCACAGAGCAAAGCUCCGUUAUAACAUCUGACUUAAAAAAAAAUGUUUAACUGCACAGCAACAAGCUCUGAGCUGCAGGUGAACAUGAUGAGAGAAGACCCAAAGAAAGUUUGAUGCAGAUUUGCAGCAUAAGAUGAUUUUUAACACCUGUGGUGUAACUAUGCAACACUUUACAUGUACACCAUCAUUCUGGGCUGACAAAGGGUGUUUGGAUCAGAACAGUGAAAUGUACAAAACAGGUCAAAAUAUUUGUGGUCAUGCUCUAAAUAUAAUUAUGAAUUUGGAAAGUGUGGCUUGUAUGUAGAGGUUUCUACUUAUUUCAUGUAUUUACCAUCUGUAAGGGCCAGUUAUUAAUCAGUAAGUUAAGACAGUUAAAUUGAUAACUUCAUUAUAAUUCAUACCAGGUUUAGAGUAUGUUGGUUUAGUCAUGUGUAAAAGGUUACAAACGUUUCUCUGCUCUGAAGUCUGUCAGUAUAGUGGUAACCAUGUGUACAGUACUUUGAGUAAACGUUUUAAAGACAAAGGAAGCUGUCAUGUCUCGUCUGACUGCAGAAGUGGAACCAUAAAGAAAGAAGAGUUUAUUACACCAUC